AAAAAUUAUCCAUCUUUACAGAAUUUAGAAGAAAUGGCUUUGGACUGUAGUGGAUGGAGUGACGAUGACCGGAUUAGGCUAGCAUAUCUGAUGAUAUUGGCUGGAGUUUUGUUGGCUCGUCAUAAAGGAACUCCUUUACCUAGGAAAACCAUAGAAUUGGUUAGAAAUAUUCAUAGGUUUGAGAAGUAUCCAUGGGGUAGGACUGCUUUUAAGAUUCUUAUUGAUUCAGUUCAUGUGGUAAAAGACGAUUUGUGUCAGCCAUCUUAUGCCAUGGAUGGUUUUGUCCAAGUUCUCCAAAUAUGGGGGUAUGAGGCUGUUCCGAUGAUUGCCAAGAAAGUUAAAGCUCAUGCAGAAAAUGCAAUAGAUGGUUCAUCUAUAUUAAAGUGGAAGGGAUCUAGAGCAAGAAUUGACUAUUUUAGUCUCGAACAGAGUACGGACGAGGUAAAGGUCAAUGCUUUUCUUGUAGACGAGAAUCCAUUAAGUAUUUUGGCACCCCAAUGGAAGGAUGAGAUCCAAGACCCAUUGGUGAGUAAUCUCAUUGGUGGCUUAUUUUGCACAACGAAAUUUGAAACGAGCAUUUGUGUUGGUCAUGGUUUGAAACAAGGACCACCACGUAAGGAGAUACUUAUCCCAGAAAAGAGGCGGAAGAGAAGAAAGAUGUGUAGAGUUCUUAACGAGGAAGAGAUGACUGAAAACGAGGAGUUAGUAACUCGAUCAUAUCUUGAUUCAUGCAUUAAAGGGCUUCAUAAAGCCAUCUCUGAUGGUUUUGAUGGACUGAAAAUAAAAGUUAAAAAGUGUCGACACCAAGAUAAGUGAACUACAGAAGCAAGUCAAGACAAUGCAACAAAGUGAACUUCAUAGU